UUUCCUGACACUUUUCUUAACUCAAUCACAUGUUGUUCAACUUCUCAUUUUUCCUCAGAAACGGAUUGUAAACACAAACGUGCAACAGAAUGGUGUCUUGAGUAUUCUGAGCUCGGCCCGAUCUUCCCUGACACAAGCUAAGAGUGCACUUGGAUUGUUGCAAGAGAGCAAAGAGGAAUAUGAAAGCCUGGCUGCUCAGCUGGAUGGAGCGAGGAAGGAUAUGAAUGAAAAAGUGGCAAAUCUCUCAUCAGCAAGCAAAGAACCACUGGUGGUGAGGGCCGAGGAACACGCCAAAUCUUUGCAAGAUUUGGCAAAACAACUGGAAGAAAUAAAGAACAGUGCCAGGAAGGAUGAGUUGGUGGGCUGUGCUGUGGAAGCUUCUACUGCCUAUGACAAUAUUAUUAGUGCCAUCAAAGCAGCAGAGGAGGCAGCCAACCAAGCUGUGAAAGCAGCUGACUCAGCUUUAUCC